UUGAGAGCUGAGAUUUCAAAGACGCAGAUAUGAACUGGAAACUAGAAAGAACUAGCACUCACCGUUUUGGAUAAAUCCCGAACUGGCGUCGAUUUCAUCUGCUCGCGAGUGUUGAUGACCGAGUAUUUUGAUUUUGAUGCGAUGAUGUUGAGGUGAAAAUGAGAAGACAAUGUAGGAUUUGGUGGCCGAAGCAGCUCUCCUCAAGUGAAUCAUCUUCGUACUCUUUUUUGUUUGGUUGGUUUGUCUCUUGUGCAUCCACUUCUCUUGAUAUCAUCGUGGCGUUUGCAUGUGAUGAGGUCUCACUUUCUCGGUGCCAAUGUAGUCUUAAGCAGGAGAUCCUCCGUGACACAAAUGGUAGCAUGUCUGUAUUUUUACAGGACAAAUCAAUGUUUUCUUUACUGGGUCAGUGUGCUGCAUAUCCAAGCAGAAAUGAUCAAUUGUUGAGGGUUGAUAUGGUAAAUGACAAUCAAAGUAAGUCUUCAAACGAUGGUGCUGUGAGUCAAUUGAACAGGAAGGUUAGGUCUAGAGAGAAGAAUAAUGGGUGUGAAUGUGGGUGCAACAAACUCGAUGGCUUAUUAGAAAAACAUAGGCUAGCUGCUGUCAGAAGCAGUCAAUGGAUCCAUAUGGUAUAUGAUUCUCAUGAAAUUCAUGGUAGAAAUAUACAUUGGAUUCCUAAAUUGCAUCAUAUGCACUGGAACGGGAAAAUAUUGUCUCAGUGUGAUGUCCACGUAAUAUUUUAUGAAGCUCCCAGAUACGGUUCACAUCAUUUCUCCAUGAGUUUUUGGAAUUCUUCUAAACGAGUGAAAGCUCUUUUGAAGAAACCCAAGUGGGUCUAUGAACUUCACCAGAAGCAGCCCCUUAAUGACUUGGAAGCAGUCGUUCUGGCUAUGAACAGUGCCACAGCUUCCAAAAUGGUUUUUGAGAAACAUGUGGGCUCCAAGGGAUCUUUUGCGAAGUUUUCUAUUAUUUGCAUGUUUAUUGCCUUGGUGUGGCAGUUAUUGGCUGUGUCUGUGGCUUCAUUGUCCACCAUGUUUUAUAUUUUUCUUCAGUUUCUCCAUAGCCUUUUGAAAUUUGCAUCAGAAACAUGGAUAAAUAUGGCAUCAGCAAGGGUAUUCAACUUUGCAUUUAUCAAUUUCCAAAUCCGAUGUGGUCAGAUCUUGUAUUGGCCAAUUUUUCUUCAAGACAAAGACCUCAGGUCUCAGUCAUGUGUGGAACAUGCAGAGAAAGCUGCAUUACAUAGGCAUUCCAUGUGGUCAAGCUUGGCUGUUGAUGUUCUUUUGGGGAACUUGAUUGGUCUGGCACUUUUGUUUCAUGCAGAAGCAGUGUGCUCGCAUAUUUUGAACUUUGCCAAUGACAUGACAAAUGAGUUGCUGCGUUCAGGUUGUGUGUGGUUGAUGGGAGUGCCAGCAGGUUUCAAGUUGAAUACGGAAUUGGCAGGAGUUCUAGGCAUGAUUUCCCUUAAUGCCAUCCAAAUAUGGUCUACUCUCUGGUUCUUUGUGGAUUAUCUAUUUAUUUAUUUGGUCAAAGGAAUUGCUGUAUUAGGAAUUCUUUUUGGGAUGACUAUACCUGCUGCAUUUGUCAGAGACAUGAUUGUGCUAGUGACGUUGCAUGUGUCAACUCUUCAUUGGAUGAUCUCAGUUUUGUAUUCACAGCAGAUACAGGCAUUAGCAGCUUUGUGGCGCCUCUUUAGGGGUCGUAAGUGGAAUCCUCUUCGACAAAGAUUGGAUAGCUAUGACUAUACAGUGAAGCAACAUAUUGUUGGGUCUCUUCUGUUUACACCACUUCUGCUUCUGUUACCAACAACUUCUGUUUUCUAUAUUUUUUUCACGAUGAUGAACUCAUCUAUCAGCCUUAUUUGCAUGCUGAUUGAAGUCACUGUAUCUGUCAUCCAUGCCACACCAUAUAUUAACAUUGUUCUCUGGCUGAUGAGGCGAAGAAGAUUUCCUUCAGGGAUAUGGUUUGAAAUUGUAACUUGUCACAGUAAUAGCAUUCUUUUUCCAGAGGUUAGUUGCCUGGAUAAAAUCAGUUUACCCAAGAAUUCACAGCUGAAAGAGAGUAUAAGUGGAAAUGUUCUGAUUUCAGUUCUCCACAGCAACUUUUGGAGUAUAGGACAAAUAGUGUUGCCUCACUACAGAAAAGUUUUUUCUGGGGUUUCUAGAUCAUAUUUUGCUAAAUCAGCUUAUGGAGUCCUUACUGGAAAAAGAAUGGCAUAUACUUUGGGGACAAAGCUUCCUUCAACAAUGCCUUGGAUGUUCAUUCCAUGCAAGGAGUAUUGGUGCCUUUGCCGUAAUUCGAUUCUUGCAUGCAUGCCGGAAUGUGACUGUUAUCGAUGUCGAUGAUUUCUUACCUGAUUUUACGAAACUUCUUAGCAUCUUAUUGAUGAGAGAUAUAUUUUGCGAAUUCCUCACUCAAUUUUGAAGGAUACCAGGCAUGAAACAAUAUGGGUCCUCAAUCAAAGCUGGUUUGGUUAUACAAUACAAUCAUAGUUAGGAUGUGUGCAUAACUAUUUAGCAAUUUUGCUUUGAUACACAAUUAUUCAUAAUUUCGAAAUUUUGAAAAUUUUCUUCUAGCUGAUAAAACAGUAUGCUAGUCUUUGUUUACUUCCUUUUAAACCGUCGGAUUUCUUCAUGGUCCUUAUUAACUACUUAACCUCUUGAAACGUAUAAGAAUAAUGUUGCGCCAGUUCCGUAUCAGUUUUUUUUCUCAAAUUGACACGGU